GUCGUUGUGAGCGGAGCGGAGCGCGCCGAUGACGUGAGACGCUACAGUGGAGGUGAAUGGGAGCGAGCGCCGGCUGCCGGAUUCAACAUGUCAAGACCUACAAGUGUGUCCCCACGACCUGGCAGUGCCCAGUCAAGCCAAACUGCCUCUAAACCUAAGGGAUUUAAAGAUAUCCGGAUUGAUGAAGAAGUAAAAAUUGCAGUAAAUAUUGCCCUAGAGAGAUUCCGUUACAGCGAUCAAAAAGAAAUGGAAUUUCCAUCCUCUUUAACGAGUACAGAAAGAGCAUUUAUUCAUCGGCUUGCCCAGUCCCUAGGCCUAAUCUCUAAAAGCAAAGGAAAAGGGGCACAUAGAUUUCUUACAAUAAAGAAAAAAGAUGGUUCUGAGAUAGCUCAGGCUGUCAUGACCUGCUCACUGACUCACAGCAUGAAACAUGCCAUACGCAAUCUAAUUCAGAGGUUUCCUGUGACAAAUAAAGAACGCACAGAUCUUUUACCCAGAACUGAACGUGGCAAUGUAUUAACUGUUGAAGCAGAAAACAACCGAGAAAUGAAUAAGACCAGUGGUAGGCUCAACAAUGGCAUUCCUCAAGUUCCACCGAAACGUGCAGAUUCUGAAUUGGAUGCUUUUAGACAUUCUUUGCCUGUUUUUGACAAGCGAGAUGAUAUCGUGAAAAUUAUAAAAGAGAACAGAGUGAUUUUAAUAGUUGGAGAAACCGGCUCUGGAAAGACUACGCAGAUCCCCCAGUUCCUUCUGGAUGAUUGCUACAAGAAUGGAAUACCUUGCCGAAUAUUCUGUACUCAGCCCAGGCGACUUGCGGCUAUUGCUGUGGCAGAAAGAGUUGCUGCAGAGAGGGGUGAGAAGAUUGGGCAGACAAUUGGCUACCAAAUUAGACUGGAAAGCAGGGUUUCCCCAAAGACACUGCUGACGUUUUGCACAAAUGGAGUUCUUCUUCGAACACUAAUGGCUGGAGAUGGUACUUUGGCAGCUGUCACUCACGUGAUAGUAGAUGAAGUGCAUGAGCGAGAUCGGUUUAGUGAUUUCUUAUUAACUAAACUGAGGGAUCUGAUGCAAAAACAUCCAUCACUAAGACUCAUUCUUUCUAGUGCAGCUCUGGAUGUUAAUCUCUUUGUUAGAUACUUUGCUGGCUGUCCUGUAAUUUACAUUCAAGGAAGACCAUUUGAAGUAAAGGAACUCUUUUUAGAGGACAUCUUGCGAACUACUGGCUACACAAACAAAGAGAUGUUGAAAUAUAAAAAGGAGAAACAGCAAGAGGAAAAGCAACAAACAAACUUGAGUGAAUGGUAUAAAGCCAAGGAGACCAGCGGUACCAGCAGAUCAGAAUAUCAAAGACAAAGAUUUAUCCCAAGUCUGACAGCAGAAAAUGAUUUGCUUGAUGAUGGUGGAGACAGUGUAUUUAGUCAGUUGAAUGAGAAAGAUUUUAAUUCUCUUGAGCCUUGGCUCAUAAAGGAAAUGGAUGCCUGUCUGUCUGACAUUUGGCUACACAAAGAUGUUGAUGCUUUCGCUCAAUUGUUUCAUCUUAUUUUAAGUGAGAACGUUAGUGUUGACUACAGGCAUAGUGAAACCAGCGCUACUCCAUUAAUGAUAGCUGCAGGCCGGGGGUUUCUAAGUCAAGUGGAACAACUACUCAGCAUGGGAGCAAAUGCGAAUGUUAAGGCUUCAAAUGGCUGGUUGGCUUUGGAUUGGGCUAAACGAUUUGGUCAAAGUGAGAUUAUAGAUCUUCUGGAGUCAUUCAAUUCUUCAAUAGAAUUGGGGAGUCUUGAUGAGUGUGUCCUGGUGCAAACAGACGGUGGAGAGCUAAGUCAAGAAGAUAAAGAAAUUCUAAGUGUCUACCACCACAGCUUUGAUGAUGAAAAAGUUGAUCUGGAUCUAAUCAUGCACCUUCUUUACAACAUCUUUCAGAGUUCUGAUGAUGGUGCCGUUUUAAUCUUUUUACCAGGAUAUGAUGAAAUUGUAGGACUCAGAGAUCGCAUUUUGUAUGAUGAUAAAAGAUUUGCAGAUAAUUCUCAUAAAUUACAGGUUUUCAUGCUUCAUUCUAACAUGCAGACAUCUGACCAAAAGAAGGUGUUAAAAAACCUACCUACUGGAAUUCGUAAAAUAAUUCUUUCCACAAAUAUUGCAGAGACAAGCAUUACUGUCAAUGAUGUGGUAUUUGUCAUUGAUUCUGGGAAAGUAAAAGAGAAAUCAUUUGAUGCACUAAACUCUGUCACAAUGCUAAAAAUGGUGUGGAUUUCUAAGGCGAGUGCUGUCCAAAGAAAGGGAAGGGCAGGUCGUUGUCGACCAGGAAUUAGUUUUCACCUAUUUAGUAGACUGCGGUUUCAAAAUCUUCUAGAGUUUCAGAUUCCCGAAUUGCUACGAAUGCCACUGCAGGAACUUUGUUUACAUACCAAACUGUUAGCUCCAAUUAAUUGCCCCAUUGCCGACUUCCUUGCAAAAGCACCAGAACCCCCACCAUCACUUAUAGUUAGAAAUGCUGUUCAAAUGCUCAAGACUAUAGAUGCCAUGGACAGCUGGGAAGAUCUGACAGAGCUUGGUUACCACUUGGCAGAUCUUCCUGUGGAACCCCAUCUGGGAAAAAUGGUUCUUUGUGCUGUAGUGUUAAAGUGCCUUGAUCCUAUUCUCACUAUUGCCUGUACUUUGGCUUAUCGAGAUCCAUUUGUCCUGCCAAUGCAACCUUCACAAAAGCGCGCUUCCAUGUUGUGUAGAAAGCGCUUUGCUGCAGGAACAUUCAGUGAUCACAUGGCUCUUUUAAGAGCUUUCCAGGCUUGGCAAAAGGCUCGCAGUGAUGGAUGGGAGAGAGCAUUCUGUGAAAAGAAUUUCCUUUCUCAAGCUACGAUGGAAAUCAUUAUUGGCAUGAGGACACAGGUAAGUCCAUUGUAGAGGAGACAAGGUUUUGUAAGGGCACGAGGUGGCGGUGACAUUCGAGAUGUGAACACAAACUCAGAGAAUUGGGCUGUGGUGAAAGCUGCAUUAGUUGCAGGGAUGUACCCAAAUCUCAUCCAUGUUGAUCGAGAGAAUUUAAUGUUGACUGGAUCUAAAGAGAAAAAAGUCAGAUUUCACCCGACCUCAGUUCUUAGCCAACCACAAUACAAGAAGAUUCCACCAGCAAAUGGACAAGCUGUGGCUGUUCAAGCACUGCCCACUGACUGGCUUAUUUAUGAUGAAAUGAUGAGAGCACACAGAAUUGCUAAUAUACGGUGCUGUUCUGCUGUGACUCCAAUCUCUGUGGCCUUAUUUGGUGGUCCAGCUAGACUAUCAAGCAGUGCAUUACAAGAGCCAUCGUCCCCUCGAGUAGAUGGCAUCGCCAAUGACAGCAGUGACAGUGAAAUGGAGGACAAAUCCACUUCCAAGAUGGCAACUUUGAAGCUGGAGGAGUGGCUGAAUUUUAGAAUAGAUCCAGAAGCAGCUAGUCUUAUCUUGCAGUUACGACAGAAAUGGCAUAGUCUGUUCCUGAGACGAAUGCGUGCUCCAUCAAAACCUUGGACUCAGGUAGAUGAAGCAACUAUCAGGGCAAUCAUUGGAGUCCUUAGCAGUGAAGAGCAAGCAGCGGGACUGCAACAACCAUCAGGGAUUGGACAAAGACCAAGGCCAAUGUCUUCAGAAGAGCUUCCAGUCUCCUCGUCUUGGAGGUCAAACAGUAGGAAGAGCUCAGCAGAAGCAGAGUUUUCUGAUGAUUCUUCCAGUGUGGAAUUUAGAGAAAGGGUUCAGUUGAAGCCACAGCAGCAGCAAAGAUAUAAGGAGAGGGGCUUUCUUCAUCCAAAGAGAAGUUCUGAUGACCGAUCAGAUCAGUCAUCAGUUAAAUCAACAGACAGCAGUAACUAUCCCAGUCCCUGUGCCAGUCCAUCUCCACCACCUUCAGGCAAGGGCUCUAAAUCUCCAUCACCAAGACCAAAUGUACCAGUUCGAUUUUUCAUUUUGAAAAGCAGCAACCUACGUAAUCUUGAGAUUUCUCAACAAAAGGGAAUUUGGUCCACCACACCCAGCAAUGAACGAAAACUAAACCGUGCAUUUUGGGAAAGCAGCAUUGUGUACCUGGUGUUUUCUGUGCAAGGAUCAGGACAUUUUCAGGGAUUUGCCAGAAUGAUCUCUGAGAUAGGGAGGGAAAGAAGCCAGGAAUGGGGUUCGGCUGGAUUAGGAGGAGUCUUCCGAGUUGAAUGGAUAAGAAAGGAAAGCCUUCCUUUCCAAUAUGCCCACCAUCUCCUCAACCCAUGGAAUGAUAAUAAGAAAGUACAAAUAAGCAGAGAUGGACAGGAGUUAGAGCCACAGGUUGGAGAACAAUUGCUGCAGCUUUGGGAACGCAUUCCCGUAGGAGGAAAACUACCACAGACAGAUAGCAGACUUGGCAUCUUUGGAGAGUGCUAGAGAUUCUUCGAUUCUCUGCAGUUCAUUAUACAGCAACUCUGGAAACUGCAUUUUCUGACACAUUUGACUUUUCAUCACUGAAGAUGUACUGGAAACAAACUCCUAUUCCUCCGAAUAAAAUUUUGAAACCAUGGUGAAGUUCUGUGAGAACAGGUUAUGUUUUAAAAACAGACAAAGGAUUGGUGAGGCAUGAGAGAGAGAUGGAAAGAAAAUGUUGGGUUUAAUAUUUGUCUGAUCUGUAAAAAUUAAGAAAAGCAGUUACAUCUUGUUCCACUGUGUUAUGUGGCUUUCUAAACUGUGAAGAAAUUAUUUCCACAGGAUUAUAUGUGAAAUACUCUUAGACUGCUUUAAACAAAUAUUCAUUGGGAUCCUUUCCUUACCUAAGUAUUUGUGUUGCUGGCUCAAAUUGGUUGUAAUGUUUCCUUUCAAAAGUAACUCAGUGGAGCUAAUGGCUGAGAUUUGGUUUCAUCUUAGUUAAGUUUUUGGCUUCAUGUUUAAGUUACAGUUCAAUCUAUCUGGAAAAAAUAUACCUAUGUAAGCUAUAUUUAAAUUAAACCUUUUGUCGAAUUUAAAUAGUCUUUUAUGUUGCAUUUUACCACAUUGCAACACAAUCACCACCUACCUAGUCACACAUUAACUUUAUUACAACUGAAUUUAUCAAAUAUAAUUGGUACCAGAUAGAAUAUAUUUAUUAAAAAUAUUGCUUCAUCUGGUGAAACGUGAUGCACAGGGAUUGAAACAGUGGAGGAUUCUUCCUGUUCGGAAAUAUUGAAAGUUAUAUUACCAACAAUAUAAUUUCAAAAUAUUGUGCCAGGAUUAAAGGUUGACGUUUCUGCUUUACCAUAAGCCAAGGGUCCAGUUAAAAAUUGGAUGUAAAGUUUUAGUUACUAAGAUAUAUAAGAAGAUUGUUAGUUAAGAUGGUAGCCAAAUUGAAAACCAUUAAAUAGAACUUUACGCUUUGAAAUGUGUUUGUGCAGAAAGUAGCUUGCUCUUCAGUGUAUUGAUUGUCUUAAAAGCUUUGGUAAACUUGCAAGAAAGUGUCAAAAUUGUAAUGUUGAUCUAUUAUGUUGUCUGAUGUUUAUCGUUGACCAUAAUGUAAUUUAGUUUGAGUUGUUGGCUUCAUUUUAAACCAUGUUCACAAAUACGUCUGGUAGAUGUGAACUAUUCAGCACUUUGAGGCUUGAAAUCAAAAUUUAAAUACAAACCAGUGAUCUAUUUAUUAAGAUGCGUACAAUGCAGUCUACUUUUUUGGUGGGAAAUGAAUGAUAUGAUUUUUCAUAUGACAUUAAUGAGCAUUUUGUGACAAGUGGAUGCGUCAAUUUCUUUGAAAUAUUCCUCAUAAUAGACAAAUUUUAUGAUCUUGUGUCAUUCCAUUAUAAUCACCAGAAGUGACCGACUUAAAAUUGCCCUUUUGCAGGCCGAAGUCUAUGUGUCCUUGACUGAACAGCUAACCCUUCAGGAAAAAAAGUAAACUUUGUUGUAAUAUUUUAUUAUUCAGCAUUUGUAUAAACAUAAUUCAGGAUGAAAAUGCUACAUUUGACUCUUCGUGCUAAAACUCUUAAGUAAUGCAGAAAGCAUGAACUGAUUUGUUGAAAAAUUUCAUCAUAUGUUUGUAAAAUGUAAUUUAGCAUCAGGAAAUGUAACAGUAGAUUCUUCAUUAGCUGCUGUUGAAUGGAAGUGCAUCCAUUCACAUGGGGAAAAAGUUAACAUUUUAACAUGGAUCUAUUCUCAGGUCUCAGAUACCUCAAAUGGUUAAAUCUUCAGCUUAUCCAGAAACCAUAGAAGCAUAAGAAGACAUUGUAUAAUAUUGAAACAGAUGAAUAUAUUUAAUGACAAAAAGAACAACUGUCAUCUCUUUUUGUGAGGUAAUGAGAGCGAUGCUGAGAUCAAGCAGUUUUAAUCUAAUUAAAAAAACAUAGAUAAAACCUCACAACUAAACUUUGAGUGGUGUGGGGGAAUGGAACUGUUUAUUGUAGCAUGAAGCACACUUAAACUUAGUCAGACUCUCUUGAUGUAACAGUUACAUUUAAUGAACAUACUGUUGUUGCAUUAUCCAGCAAAAUGCUCUUCCAUUUAGUCAGCUGUCAGCCUUGUCUGUAUGACAAAAUAGCUUGUGAUAAGUACAGAAACAAUUCUUGCAAUCGUCAAAUGAUGAUUUAUAAACAAAAUUAAAGCAACGUUCCCACUUGUCAUUGAAUGUGCUAAUUGAAACAUUGUAGACAAUUUAUGCUCAAAAACUUAGUUGUGUAGUAUGCAUUAUAACUCUUGUGAUGGCAGAUGUGGAAAAUAAGUAGAGGCCUUGUUCGAACAGAAAAUUGUACAUAUUGCUGCAGUGUGCAGUUAUUUCUGAAAUUUGACAAUGGAUUUUUUAAAUGAAGGAAUAUAAUUCAAAUAAACUAAUUUGUUUCUAUG